AUGGAGCUCGCCAAAUGGAAAACGAACUCUGAGGGGGUCGCCGCUCACCUGGUGGAGAACGGGGCUGCGAUGAGCCUUUCUGGAGCUAACACCAGCGGCAUAUUCAAGGUUCUUGGAAUUCUCUGGUGUUCAACGACAGACAACCUGGAGUUCAGUCUCGCCAUGGUUGGCGAACGAGCACGGAGUCAGGAGAAACUAACUAAACGCUUUGUACUAAGUUUUGUGGCGUCGAUCUACGAUCCGUGCGGGGUUCUAACCCCUUUCACGUUGAGAGGCAGGAGACUCAUUCAGGAAAUGUGGUCGGAGAACCUGGAGUGGGAACAGAUCAACAGCGCCAAGAUGGGCUCCGAGCUCAGGCUGUGGGCAUCGGAGACGGAGACUCUCAGCCGCUUCACGGUACCUCGCCAUUAUCCAGAUCAUCUCGGGAAGCCAACGGGGUAUCGGCUUCAUGUCUUCGGCGAUGCCUCGCCCUUCGCCUACGCGAGCUCGGCGUAUAUCGAGUAUUGCUACCCCGAUAAGCCCUCAAGAUUCGCGCUCGUGAUGUGCAAAUCCAAGGUCGCUCCGCAAGAGUCACAUCGCCAAUCGCUUCCAAGACUCGAGCUGAUGGCUGCUCUGCUGUCUAUCCGCCUCAAGAGAUUCCUCACGCAUCGCCUCGAAGAUACCUUCGACCGUGUCUCGUUCUAUACGGACUCAUUGGUGACGUAUUACUGGGCAACGUCAGCGAGCACCGGAAGAUGGAAAAUAUUCGUCGCUAACCGGGUCAAGGAGAUCCAAGCUGACUCUAAGUUAGAAGAGUGGUAUUAUGUACCUGGCGAGUUCAACGUGGCUGAUCUGGCAACUCGAGGGAUAAGUGCCGAGACACUAGUUGCGGCCAGACAUUGGUGGUCUGGUCCAGAGUGGCUCCGAAAACCGGCACACGAGCAGCCGACAUCCAGGCCGCGAUUUCAGGAAGGAACUCUGCAAUUGGCACGGGCGGAGAUGCGUCAGUCGGUCGCAGUCCUCACUGCCGCUCCGCCGCUCCUCGAUCUUGAGCGCUACGGCACGUACGGCCGGGCGCUGCGGGUGAUGGCUCAGAUCCUGAAAUUCGUCGACAUCGCUGGUGGGCGCCAGCCGACCAGCUUCGCUGAAUUGCAGCGACAGGCCGAAGUUCGACUCAUCAUUUGGACCCAGCGAGCGCACUUCGAUACAGAGUUCAGAUGCGCAAGUGCCGGCGAACGCGUUCCCUCUGGGUCAAAGCUGGCGUCAUUCGCGCUUUUCAUCGACGCAUCGGGUCUCUUACGAGCCAGAACGAGACUCACGAAAAGUCCCUUGUUUACUCAAGACGAGAAGAACCCUAUCGUCAUACCUGGCGAGUCCCGACUGGCAAGGCUUCUGAUCAUUGAAGCUCAUCGCGUCAACGCGCACUUUGGAGUGACCAACGUGUUGUCACAGCUCCGGCGUCGAUUUCGGAAAACUCAGAGAUCGUAA